GAAUGGUAUAAAUUUCCCAUUUUCUCUCUCUAGAAACCCAAAAUCGUCGUCCCCCCAUCUUCACGCUUUCGACUUUUCUCCCCUCUUUCCUCUCUCUCUCUCUCUCUCUACAAUCUACAGUUACGAAAAUAUAGAAAUACAAAGCUGGACCUAGGGUUUAGCCAAGAGAGACGGAGGAAUAGAAAUGGGGCAGCAAUCGCUGAUUUACAGUUUCGCGGCGCGUGGGACUGUCAUCCUCGCCGAUUACACUGAGUUCUCCGGGAACUUCACCGGAAUCGCCGCUCAGUGCCUCCAGAAACUCCCCGCCACCAACAACAAGUUCACCUACAACUGCGACGGACACACCUUCAACUACCUCGUUGAGGAUGGAUUCACAUUUUGUGUUGUCGCGGUUGAAUCUGUUGGAAGACAGAUUCCGAUUGCGUAUCUUGAGCGAAUUAAGGAUGAUUUUACCAAGAAAUAUGGUGGAGGGAAAGCUGCCACAGCUGUUGCCAACAGCCUGAAGAAAGAGUUUGGGCCCAAAUUGAAGGAGCAAAUGCAGUACUGUGUGGAUCAUCCAGAGGAGGUCAGUAAGAUGGCGAAGGUGAAAGCUCAGGUUUCAGAAGUUAAAGGGGUGAUGAUGGAAAACAUCGAGAAGGUUCUUGAUCGUGGAGAGAAAAUCGAGCUUCUGGUGGAUAAAACUGAGAAUCUCCGCUCUCAGGCACAAGAUUUUAGGACACAAGGAACACAGAUGAGGAGAAAGAUGUGGUUCCAGAAUAUGAAGAUAAAGCUGAUUGUUCUCGGAAUUAUCGUGGCCUUGAUCUUAAUCAUCAUUUUAUCAAUCUGUGGUGGAUUCAAAUGCAAUUAACUUCUCUUCUAUUUUUCGAUAUUGCUUUUCAUCAUCCAACUCUUUGUACCCCUAAAUUUUUCGGUGACAGGUUUUACUUUUCGUUGUAUUUUGUAUUUUUGUGAGAUAUAAUAGUGUACUUGUAUAGUGUGUAUUUCUGAAUUCAUCUCGAUAUAUUAGCAGAAGCGUGAAGUUUGCGAUGCUGUGUUUCUUCCUUUCAGGUAAGAUUUAGUGCAAAAUAUAGUGUUCAGUUU